AUGGUACAACAAGCCUGUGACUCCGGCAGCUUCCAAAGUCUCAUAUCUUUUGCAAAUACCUCUAGUUUACCAGGGAUGGGAUAUGACUAUGGACUGUAUCCCAAAAUGGUCUGUACGCCCAUCCCAGCCAAUGCAAACCCAGACUGUUUCUCAGGACAUGAGACUAAUGAUCAUGAACAUCACAGGCCUAGCGGCUAUGGCUGGUGGGGGUUGACAGAUGAGGCUAAAACCACCAUUCUGCACCUCCGUGAAACCCUGGUCCAACAAAAGGAGACCAUCCUGGACCAGCGAGAGACUAUCAGGGAGCUAACUGCCAAGCUGACCCUCUGUGAGGGCUUUGGGAGGAGUGUGAGUGGACACGACAACCACCACGGCCAGCACCAUGCCCACCCCCAACCUCUGCACCACCCCUAUCCUGAUCCUGGACACCACACGGAUCCCCACUACCCCCUGGUGGGCCGUCGUGACCUGCACCACAGAGGGACAGGGACACUGGGUGGGGGGGACAACCACAGUGGACCCUCCUCCCCUGAGCAGGUGGGGCGAAUGUUGCAGACUCUGAAGGAGCGGCUGGAGACCCUGCAGUCCAGGAAUAGCUCCAGCUCCUACUCUAAUUCACUGAGAGACCUCCUGCGCAGAAAGAUAAAUGCUCUGGAGCAGCAGCUGCGCCAUCACCCUGCUCUCCAUGGCAACGGGGAUCACCACGGCGAUCACCAUGGCGAUCAUGAUGAUGACGAAGACCACGACCACCACGACCGUAACCGUGAUCACAAUCGGAAUCACGAUCACGAUGACGAUCACGAUGACCACCAUAAUCACGAUCCUGAUCACUAUCACCAUGGCCAUCAUUACGAGUACAGUCACAGUGAAAACCACGACCAUGACCACCACUACGACGAUCACCACGACGACGAUCACCACGAUGACAAUCACCACGACGAUGAUCACCAUGACCAUGGAGCAGAUUUGCACAGCCACGGCCCUGGAAAGGCCUAUCAGAGACAGGGACGCCGAACCACAAGUCGUGAGCUGGAUUCAGUACUCAGUCAGCUGCAUCACAGGAGCACAGACUCUGGUACCUGGAAUAAACCAAAAAGUGCUUUUCAGAUUGGGUUCCCAAUGCAUACUAAUUACAUGUACGCGCGUGUGAAGAGGACCCUCCUCAAUGAAGUCUUUGCCCUCACGCUCUGCUUGUGGAUUAAAGGAGGUUCAGGGCCUGGGUUGGGAACCCCAUUCUCAUACUCUGUCCCAGGACAGGCCAAUGAACUGGUUUUGAUAGAGUGGGGGAAGAACCCAAUGGAGCUGCUUGUCAAUGACAAAGCCGUGACUCUGCCUCUGUCCCUGAGCGAUGGGAAAUGGCACCACCUGUGUGUGACGUGGUCGAUGCGCGCCGGACAGUGGGAGGCCUACCAGGACGGGGUGAAGAGGGGUUCUGGGGAGAACCUCUCCACCUGGCACCACAUCAAGCCUGGUGGGGUCAUCAUCCUGGGACAGGAACAGGACACCCUGGGCGGCCGUUUCGAUGCGACUCAGGCUUUUGUGGGGGAGAUUUCGGACCUCCAGCUAUGGUCCCACGUGCUCACGCCCCAGGAGAUCUAUAACCUGGGUACCUGCAGAAGUCACAUGACUGGCGACAUCAUCUCCUGGACUGAGUCUCUGGUUGAGCUGCAUGGUGGGGUCAGCAAGUACCCCUUUGAGCCCUGUCACUGA